AUGCAUUCCCCAAAUUCCCCAUCAGGACUAAAGGAUUAUUUCCCAACAGCUGGAAGUCCUGUUGCCAUACAGCCCUCUUCAGGAAUUGCCUUGUCCCCAUAUCAAAUCAACUCUGAAGGGCCUUUCCCAGUUUCCCAUGGGGUAGGAGAGGGGCGGCUCUGGGAACUACAUCCGGCUGAGUCUCCUGAAAACACGUGGUCCCCAGACGCCUGGCUGCUUGCACUAGGCGUCUUCAGAAGGGUGUGGUCGGCGCUGUGCGCGGGCCGCUCGAACCCCCCUGGGACGCCAUUUCCGGGGGGUCUAUUGGGAGUUGGUGGCCACGGUGAGGCCCACGCACAAGCCUGCCAAGGAGAGAGAAAUCCAAGCCUUCCGAGUCCAGGAGCUCCGCCUGCAGGAUCUGUCCAGAAUCCGUUCGGUGCCAGCCCCAGGGCCCCCUUCCGCGCCACACACCGUGGGGGAUGGGCCCAACCGGGACCCGCCGCCUCUGCAGACCCAGUCCUCGGUCAAGGUACCAGCAAGGCAGGGCAGCGAGGGACAGCUUCUGCGGAGCAACUGGAGCUAAUUGAGCGGGUAAAACCUGAGAUUGAGCUGCUGAGAGAGAAAUGCAACACAGUGCGGAUGUGGGUGCAGCUGCUCAUCCCGAAGGUGGAAGAUGGCAACAACUUCGGAGUGUCUAUCCAGGAAGACACUGUGGACCAGCUGUGGACCGUGGAGAGCACAGCGGCCUCCUAUCUAUGUCGCUUCUCCACCUACUACAACACCCGGGCCAAGUUGGUAUCCAAGAUAGUGAAGUACCCCCAAGUGGAAGAUUAUCGCCGCACCAUAGCAGAGGUCGACGAAAACGAGUACCUGAGUGUGCGCCAGAUCCUGCUGCAUGUACGGAACCAGUAUGCUACCUUGCAUGAUGUAAUCCUCAAAAACAUCGAGAAGAUUAAGACCCCUCGGAGCACCAACACUGACAACCUAUACUGAAGACCUUCCUCCACCCCACUUUCCAUUAGGAGUUGGCCGGGCUGUUUAAGCAGCUAGAAGGCUGAUUAUUAAUGACUAUACAGGUGAUGAAACAACUGGACAUGUGCAUUACUGUUUAGUUAGAAUUUCAUACAGCUUAUCUUCAUACUGAAUCCUCCUUUGGUGUAAUUUUUAUUUGAUUUUCCUUUCAUGGGAAAAAUGGGGACAAACCAUCUGGUGGCAUAUGUUAAGGUUGGCCAAGGAGAAAGGACUGCCAUUUUUAAUAGCAGCUUUGUAGAUGAAUGUUGGCCAAGAUUUCUUCAUUAUGGCAUUGGUGACAUUGAAUGGUUUCAGGGGUUACUUAAAAACUAAAGUUAAAAAAAAGUUAAAUGAAGCUUUUCCUAAGGUUCUGCUAUGUGUUACUUUGUUCAAACCUCAAAAAUGCUCCUUUUACACCAUCAUCUCUUUUUUUUUUGCGAAGGAAUUUAAAGGCAUGUGUUGAGGUCAUUGUAUGCCUCCAAUUUAGCAGAUCGAAAUAAAACUUGGU